AUGUCCACUCGCCAUAUUCUCCGAUCCCUUCCCACAUCCUCUAGGCCUUCUAUUCCUCGUGCGGCAAGAUGCAUCUCCACCUCCUCUUCGGUAGGGCAAAUACCUCCCUCGACUCACUCCAGUAGUGCGUCGUCAUCAACUCCCCCUUCAUCUUCGACCUCGACAUCGACCUCGACAUCAGGAAAGACCACUCAUUUCGGAUUCAAAGAAGUUCCAGAGGAACAAAAAGAGACUUUGGUCGGGAGCGUAUUCAGCUCAGUGGCAUCUUCUUAUGAUGUGAUGAACGAUGCAAUGUCACUUGGUAUACAUAGGUUAUGGAAAGAUUCAUUCGUAACUUCAAUGUUACCUCGUCUAUCACCUUCAUUACAUCAAAAUCCAGGUACGACAAUUGAACCUAGAGCGUCAUUCAAAUGUUUAGAUGUAGCUGGAGGAACGGGUGAUAUAGCUUUGAGGAUUUUAGAUCGAGCAAGAGAGAAAUUUGGUUCGAGGGAUAUAGAAGUUGAAAUCGUUGAUUUGAACCAAGGAAUGUUGGAUGAAGGUAGGAAGAGAGUCGCAAAGACUUUAUAUUACAACACACCUCAAAUCACCUUUACUCAUGGGAACGCUCAAUCACUCCCUUCACAUAUUGCCGACAAUUCAAUAGAUUUGUAUACCAUCGCAUUCGGGAUUCGAAAUUGCACUUCCUUGCCAGCUGUACUAAGCGAAGCGUAUAGAGUACUCAAGCCAGGUGGUAAAAUCGGUGUGCUGGAAUUUGGAAAGGUAUCAAACCCAUUGUUUAAAGAGAUUUAUCGUCAAUAUUCAUUCCAAUUCAUACCUAUUAUGGGUAAGAUUUUAGCUGGUGAUUCGGAAUCAUAUCAAUAUUUGAUUGAAUCAAUUGAAAGAUUCCCUACACAACCUGAAUUCGCCCAACUUAUGAUCAAUGCGGGAUUCCAGACUGGUCAAUUGAGAGAAGGUAAAGGUGGAGCUUGGACAGAUUAUACAAAUGGUAUAGCAACAGCUUGGACAGGUGUCAAAGCGUAA